AUGACUACCAACGACACAGUGUUCCCUGAUAUGCUCAGGUCAAUGUUUGCUUCUGCACUCUCCCACAUGUACCAAUCAGAGGUCCCUCAGUAUGGGACACUUUUGAAGCUUGUAUCGGAUAUCAAUCACCAGACCAACCAAAAGCUCCAACAUCGUAUCGAGGUUGAACGACACGGUGCCAUCCGCCUUGGCACAGCAGCCGAGCUUGCUACAAUACGGCGCUUGUUCUCAGUCAUGGGAAUGUAUCCCGUAGGCUACUAUGAUCUUGCGGUUGCUGGUCUUCCUGUCCAUGCCACCUGCUUUCGGCCUCUUAUAGAAGAGUCCCUCGCCCAUAAUCCAUUCCGGGUUUUUACCUCCCUGCUUCGUCUUGAGUUGAUCCAAGACAAGUCUCUUCGGUCGAAAGCUACCGAGAUUUUGAACAGCCGCACCAUCUUUACCCCUCGGUGUAUGGAGUUGAUUGAAGAAUACGAGAGCAACCAGCGAUGCUUUACCUCUACAGUGGCUGAAGAGUUUAUAAAAGAAGCAGUAGAAACUUUCCGUUGGCACAAGACCUCGACUGUAGACAUAACUACCUACAAAGAACUUCAGGCUCUCCAUCCUCUUAUUGCAGAUGUUGUGUGUUUUAAAGGACCUCAUAUCAACCACUUGACACCACGAGUGAUUGAUAUUCAAGCAGCACAAAGCAGCAUGGUUCUUUAUGGCCUCCAGCCCAAGGAAACCAUUGAAGGCCCGCCAGCGAGAAAUUGCCCCGUUCUCCUCAGACAGACCAGCUUCAUUGCUCUCAAUGAAGCAAUUGCAUUUUCUAAUGGCAAAGAGACAGGAGGCAGCCAUAGGGCGCGAUUUGGCGAGAUUGAACAGCGAGGCAUGGCCUUGACACCUAAAGGCCGCCAGUUAUACGACGAUCUUAUUGCAAAAUGGCGCCGAGAUACCGCCAUCUUCAAACCCUCGGCGGAUCCGAUGGUCAUGCAUGAGCUUCUGGUCGAAACUUUCAGAGAGUUCCCCGAUGACCUAGAAACCUUGUGGGCAGAAGGGCUUGCCUACUUCAUCUACAGGCCUGCCGCCGGUGUGUCGAUCAAGGGUGAUGUCCACGAUAUCAAGUCUCUGGUAAAGUCUGGCGCUGUCGAGUUACAACCGAUAACAUAUGAAGACUUUCUGCCAGUGAGUGCGGCCGGCAUCUUCCACUCAAAUCUCGGCCAAGAGGAUGGUGACGACCAAGUUGCAGCGGCAGAUCAGGGGUCAUUUGAGAAGGCGCUUGGUGGAAAGAUCCAUAAUGAGUUUGAGUUGUAUGAGGAGAUGCAAGAAAACUCAAUCUUAAACUGUGUGGGAGAUAGAGGAAGGGUCUAG